GGUCUUGGCGGCCUUUGAGCUGGCUACCAGCCUUUGCACUGUGGGAUUAGCCGCAUCAGUGCACGUUGACGUCGGCGCAGCGCUACGGCUUCAUAGCUUGACUCGUGUGAUCAGUGCCACACUGGUGUGAGGUCACUGGCACGGCUGCAUCCCUAUGGCGCAGCCGCACAAAUGUCGCUCUUGGAAGCGGAUGAUAAUUUGGGGUCCCCUCGUGUGGUGGAGAAUGAGCGGCGAUGCGUUCACGCAGCCGCGCCGGCCAGCUAACGCAUUCGCGCAGCCGCGCCGGCCAGCACGCCGUCUCUGCCGCUUAUCCGCGCGGCCAGACGACUCCUGGGCCGCAAAGAACCCGGAGGUCCUCGCUUUUGUUUGUGGUGGUCUCUUCGGCCUCGUGCCGUCCGCAUCGACGUUCCUGGCAGCGCCGCCGGACGAGCUCGCCCGGGCCAUCACAACAGUCGCAACAACACCAAUCUGGACCAGCGGACGGUGGCCCUUCUUAGGAUUUAUACCGGUACUGGGCCUCGCGGCGUCGGGCGCGCUCGCCGAAUUUACAACGAUACGCGUCCUGACGGCGUCUACCGUAUCGUUCGGCCUCGUCUCGCAAGUUACGGGCCGCGUCGUCGGCGAGCUGGGCACGGGGUGGCACAUAACAAUAUAGUUAACA